AUGGGGAGGGGAAAAACAGAGAUGAGAAGGAUAGAAAAUGCAACAAGUAGACAAGUAACAUUUUCAAAGAGAAGAAAUGGUAUACUGAAAAAAGCUUAUGAACUUUCUGUACUCUGUGAAGCUGAAAUUGCUCUUAUCAUUUUCUCACCAACAGGAAAACUCCAUGAAUUCUCCAGCAGCUCUACCAGUAUGCAAAACACGAUCGAGCGCUACCAGAAACACGAUGCAGAUGUAAAAGAAAAUUCACAGGUCAGGCAACCUCUACAACUUUAUCAUGAUGUUCUUUCAAAUAUCUUAUGUCAUCUGAAACAUGAAGCUGCAAACCUUGCAAAGAAGAUCGAGAGUCUCGAAGUCUCUAAAAGGAAGCUAAUGGGAGAAGGCUUAGAAUCUUGCUCCAUUAACGAAUUGCAGACAACUGAGAAUCAGUUGGAGAAGAGUCUACUUAUUAUCAGGGAAAGAAAGCAUCAGUUGCAUAGGAAAAAGAUUGAGCAGCUAAAACAAAAGGAAAAGCAACUAUUAGAAGAGAAUGAAGUUUUACGCGAGAGGCUAAGUCUGACAGUGAGGGAAGAUGUGGGGCUCGACAAUGGGAUCAACAGAACCAACAGAAAGAAAUACAAGACACUACUACCUUAUGAAACUAGUCAAAAUUCUCGUGUGGUGAAAACUGAGCUACAAAUCGGCAGGCCUGAAAGAAGGUGACAUUAUGUCGUUA